AUGUCGGAUAAUGUGAAGGUUUCGAUAAAAGUGCGGCCACUGAUUAAACGGGAGAAGGACAGCAAACUAAUAUCACAAUGGCGCAUCCGGAAUAACACGAUCGCAUCCAUCGAUGGCAAUGGCGAUCCGUUCGUGUUUGAUCACAUAUUCGAUGAAACCGUGUCCACUCGGCAGCUGUUCGAUACCGUGUGCCGUCCAGUCAUUUUGUCUGCCAUUAACGGUAUCAACGGGACGAUAUUUGCGUACGGUCAGACAUCAUCCGGCAAAACGUACACCAUGAUCGGAAACGAUCGAGAACCGGGUGUGGUACCGCUGACGGCGAGGGAAAUAUUCGAACAGAUAAAAAAGAUCAAAGAACGCCAGUUCCUGAUUCGUGUCGGUUUCAUCGAGAUUUACAACGAAAAGAUACACGAUCUGCUCAACACGGCAAACACAAAUCUAAAGAUUGUCGAAAACCAGUGCGGCGAUGUGUCGGUAAACUCGAAGGAAUGCAUAACGAACUGUGCGGAACAGAUCAUACAGCACGUGGACGAUGGUAACAAAGCGCGCAAGAUUGGUGAAACGAAUAUGAACGAGCGGUCCAGCCGAUCGCACACAAUCUUCCGGAUUACGAUCGAAUCGCGGGUAAUAAGUGCGACGAACACAGACGGCAGUUUCGACAAUGAGGCGGUACAGAUCGGUAUUCUGAAUUUGGUCGAUUUGGCCGGUAGCGAACGGGCGGAUCAAACUGGUGCGACAGGUUCCCGCUUCAAGGAAGGUGUCUGCAUCAACAAGAGCCUCCUGUCGCUUAGCUGCGUGAUACAAAAGUUGAGUGAAAACUCGGACAAACAGUUUAUCAACUAUCGUGACUCGAAACUGACAAGAAUCCUGCAAGCAUCGCUUGGAGGUAAUGCCGUCACAUCUAUGAUCUGCAACAUUACGCCCGCUGUGGUAGACGAAACGUACUACACGCUGAGCUUUGCGAUGCGUGCCAAGAACAUCCGCAACAAACCGAAGGUGAACGAAAUCCUUACCGAUGCGGCUAUGAUGAAACGGCUCGAGAGAGAAAUUAAACGGCUGGAGAAUGAGCUCCGAUCGGAGCAGAACAAGAACAGUAAGAUUAAAAUGAUGGAACUGCAGAACGCCAUCACGCUGCGCACGAAUCAGUUCAUUAACUCGAACCCAGCACAGCUGGCACUGACGGAUAAUGCACGCCGCCGUACCUGGUGUCCAUCUACGACGGAAAUUCCCAGAUUAGCGGCAACCCAACGACCAACGCCAGACCUGAUGGGUGAAGGGCGAACACUGAUGGGACCACCACCGUCGUCAGCGUAUAACGGUGGCCAAUAUCUUGUGACCAUGAACGGUGCAACGCCACAGAUUGCCAUACGAACGGUUUCGGUCGAUGAGGAUCUUCUGUCGAACGAUAAUGGUACCACCAUUGACGGUGGAGGAUUCUCUGCAACGCUAGCCCUGAUAGGCAACGAUGAAUCACAAAUAGACUACCGAGGGCUGUUCGAUAAUAAGGAUCUGUUAGCACGGCGGGUUCGUUCGAAUUCGCCAAACGGGUUGCUAAAUCCUUUUGCGGAAGGUGAUGAGUUUGUACCGGGUGAGCUAAUAAGCUUCGGGAAAGCAUCAUUAUCACCACUGUCCACUGUGGAACGGGAUCUACACACGCCGAAGAGUCUGCGGAGGAAGCGUCGAUCGUCAACCGGUGAUUCACCGCCACAGUUCAACUACGAGCAGCGAUGCCGGGAGCUCGAACAGGAACUGAUCGAGUUGCAAGAGUUUACCAAGCUAGAAAACGUCGUUGAGACCCAACAUCUGAAGCAGGAACUUGCCGCCCGUGAAACAACUCUGACGGAUCUAAGAAACGAUCUCGAUGACAAGGAGCAACGCUUGGAGCAGCUAGAGGAACGAUGCACCCAUCUAGAGAUUGAACUGAAGCACCAGCUGGCCACAGCAACUAAAGCAGAAAACGAGCGCUCUUCAGCCGUAAAGGAACGGCAAGCAGCAGUACGAGAGGCAGAACUGCAUCGCAAUCAGCUCACCGGCAUUGAGUUUGAGUACGAGCGCUUUCGGCAGCGUGCCGAAGCCCGUGAGAAAGAAUUGAUAGAAUCGCUGCAAGAGGCACGCAGUGCAUCCGGAUUGCCAGCCAAUGGCUCCGACAGUUUCAAACUCGAUCAAAAGCGGGAAGAAAUGAAGCGUUUGGAGAUGCAAAACUACGAAUUCACACUACAGCUGGAAGAAUGCAACAAACAGAUCGAGCAGCUAAAAUCCUCCUGUCUCGAUCACCAACGCAAGCUGGACCAUGUCCGGCACGCAGUUCUUCAGUACCAACAAACUCCUCCCGUUCAGGUGGAGGACGUCGCUCAGUCGUUGGUGAAUUCGUUGCGCAAGCUGCUUCUUUCGCAAGACCCGCAAGGGUCCGAUACUGAAACGAACGGCACGCACCAUCCGAACGGUCAUGACGAUCCAAAUCAAACAAAUGCCAUCGAUGGAAAUGCUACCAUGCUCGGGGAGGAAAAGACCAUCCAUGAGCUGGUGAAAAUUGUCGAACAGCUCGAAACAAACAUUCAGAUGCUCGAGCAGGAAAAGUGUUCCCAGCAGGAAGCGAGCGAUGAGCUGCUGAACCAGCUUAAGUCGAAGCUCGACAGCAAGUACGCCUCCAUCGAACAGUUGGAGAAGGAGCUGAAAGAAUGCAAAGCAAGGUACACAGCACAGACCUCCGAGUAUGAUGAGCUAUCGAUGCAGCUAAUGGAUCAAAUGCAGGACAAUGAAAAUCUUCGAAAGGAGUUUGAUUUGUUCAAACAGAAUCAGACGGCACAGGAGGAUAGUGAAAUUGGCACGCUCCGAGAAUCCCUUCAAAAGCUAACCACCGAACGCGACGAGCUGCAAAGUUUGUGCGAUUCGUUGAAAGCUACGGUAGAAAAGCAUACUUCGGAAGUUGAUAUGAUCGUUGCCGAUAAGGAGAAAUUAGCACUGGAAUGUAGUGAAGCGAAGGCUCGCUACGAAGAGAUUACCUCCAAGAAGGAUGAGCUUAAGAAGGAAUUUGAGCGUCUUAAAGAGCAGCAAACCACAGCUGUAUGCGAUGAGACAGAAAAAAUGAAACUUGCACUCGAUGAACAGCGUUCGGAAAAAGAAUUGCUUGCGUUAGAAAAUGAUCGCUUGGCGAAAGAAUUGGAGCAGUUGCGUAAGGAACAGCAGGACUCUACCGAAAGUCGUCAAAAAGAUUUGGAACAGUUGGAGCGACUACAGCAGCUAAAUGAUAAGCUUGAUGAACGUGUCAAGCAGCUUGAAAACGAGCUUACCCUGUGGCAAAAUAAGUACGUAUCAUUAGAGAUGGAACAAAAGGAGCAAGUUAAAAUAUUGGCAGAGGAGCAGGAAAUAGUUGUAAAAGAUUACAACAAUCUGCUGUUAAAGAUGGAUGGGCUGGAAGCUUCAUUGCAAGAGCGGAUCAAUGAAGGGGACAAGAAAACUCUGUCCGAACAAGCAUCUUUACUGGAAAAGAUCAAGCAGCUAAAGGCACAAGAAGCUCGUACCGAGGAACUGCAACAAAAGGUUACCCAAUACGAACAGGAAAUCACAACUCUAACUAACCGGGAAUCAAAUAAAUGUGAAUCGUUCGAAUCCUCGCUAAAGCAGCUGCGUGAUGAGAUGGAAUGCACUAGGAAAGAUCUCUCACAGCUCACGGAGGAACGGGACCGGAUUAUGGCGAAAGAAAAGAGCUGUCGAGAAGAAUUAAUUAAUGCUCAGCAAACUAUUCAAGCGCUUGAAGAAAAUAUUAGAGAAGUAGAGAAAUCGUUAGAACAGCACAAACAAGAUUGUCAAGAAGCUGAAAAUCAGCGGAUAGAACUGGAACGAGAGUUGAACGACGCCACGAACGAGCUUACAAAAAUAAAAAAUGUAAAUAGUGAUUUGUUGCAGAAAACGUGCGAAGGUUGUGAGCAGAAGGAAUCGUUUGUGCAGGAAUUAGAAAAAGCGAAAGCAACACUCGAAGAACGGUUAAGCGAAAAUGAACGUGAAAUGAGUAACAUUAAAUCCCAGCUUGAUGGUGCCGAGAUGGAGCGCGUAUCGUUCAAUGCUGAUCAGAAGAAACUCGAACAGGAAAUAGAAUUGCUGAAGCAAAUGGUCGAUCAGCUAAGUGACGAGAAAGUCCAGAUCGAGAAAGAACAUUCCGUAUGUGGCUCAAAGCAGCAAUCUUUUCAAAGUCAGCUCGAGGAACGGGAGGAAGAAAUGUGCAAGUACAUUACCGAUCUGGACACACUCCGUACAGAACAGUUACGCUUGGUGAAGGAACAUAAAGCUGUACAGAGUGAACUGCAGGAGAAGAACGCCACGCUACAGCAGGAGCUAGAAUCACUUCAAUCCAACGUACUGCAAUUGAUGAGCGAAAAUGAAGCACUACUCAAGGAACAGAUUGAUGGUGCGGAGACGCAGCAAGAACUUCUCAACGCCGACUCCGAAGAACUUGCUAAGUUACGCUCCUGUCGCGAUGAAUCGGAACGUUUGGUGGCACAACUCGAGCGUGACCUAGCCACAGUACGUGCCGAGCUAGAGAUGGUUCGUACCGAAUUGCUGGAGGAAAAGCAACGCCGGGAUGCAAGCGAACGCACAGAAAAGGAAUAUUCCCAGUCGACCAAAGCAGAAAUGGAACGGUUGCGAUGCUCCAUCAUGGCGCUUGAGGGUGAAAAGCAGCGCCUGCAGGAAGCAGAAUGCCGACUUCACGCGGAAAUGGAAGCAAAAGAAAAAUGUACCACCGAGCUGGAGGCACUGCAGCAGGAAAAGGAAACAUUGCUCGAAGAGCUCCGUAAAGAAAAUAAUGAUCUCACCAUCGCGGUGCAGGAACUUUCCGCUAAAAUCGUGAAUUUGGAAGAACAAAUGGAUAGCAAUGAGGCAGUGCAGCGCAAAACGAUUGAUACACUCGUCAGGGAGAAGCACGAACAGGAAGACACCAUCGCCGCUCUGAAGCGGCAACUUACAGAGCUAGAAGACAAAUUGAAACAUCUCGAAACUCAACACGCCCAGACUCACAACGAACUGCGUGAGGUGAGAGCAUCGCUGGAAGAAAGUCUUGCCGCCCGCUUACGACUCGAAGCGGACAUUGAAGAAUCAUCCAGCGUACGGGACGUGCUCGAACGUGAACUGCAGAGUCUUAAAAGUGAAGUGGAAAAUCUAGACAGCAAGCUAGCCACCGAACGGUACGAACAGGAGUGCCAAGUAUCCGCCAACCUUCGCCGCGAACUUAGCGAAAAACAGAAAGAGCUCGAAAGCUUCAUGGCUACCGGUCGGCCUUCACUCGGUGACGGACGCGUUGUACAAGCGCUCCGGCGUGAAAAUGAAGAUCUGCUAAAGCAGCUGAACGAAGCGCGCCAAAUCGAUGGUCUUAAGGGCCGUCAGCUGCAGGAACGUGUCGAUGAGCUGGAACGUCUCGAAACGGAGAUAGCACGACUUCGCGAUGAAAUGUCGACCAUGCGCCAUGAGUCAAGCUUUAACGAGAAGCUUGAGCAGAUUGAUCACCUGCAGAAGAAGGUGCAAGAUUCGGAGAAGGUUCGCGAGGAAACUAUACAUCAGAAGCGAUCGCUUGAGCGCGCGUUCGAUCAACUGCGGUUUAAGCAUCAAUCGCUCACGAAAGAGGUGGACGAGCUGCGACGUACGACGGACAAGGAGCGCAAGUCCCGCCGGCAGAGUACGCACGACGAUCGGCGUGGUUUGCUGUUUAACAGCAAGGAAAUGGCCACAAUGACGGAUGCUACCUCUGCCGAUUGUGGCUGUUCAGAGAUGAACGAAAAGAUUAAGGAACUGCGCAACAAGCUUACUUUGAAGGACUGUCAGCUAAACACACAAAAACUCAUCUCAUCGGCAAACCCGCUUAAGAAUGAAAUAACCGAAAUGCGCCGAAAGCUCGAAGAGCAACACCGCGAAAAGUCAUUAAUCGAGCACGAGUUGCACACGGUACUGGAGGAACUCGAUCGGGAAAGGAAGGAUCGAAAGCGGCACUGCACCCAGUGUAUGAGGCACAGUCGCCAACAGAACGCACGCUGUGAUAAAGCGGUACAGGCGUACCAACCGAACGAGAGUCCGUGUGCGGCGGUAUCCGUUUCGAUCGUGUCUAACGGCAGAAAUGGUUUGGUGGCAGUUAGUGAGGCAGGAGGAAGUAGCACAAGCACCGAACUGAAGGCACUGCAGCAGCGAUACGAUGAACAGUUGGAGCAGUACGAGAAGCUGAGCGAGAAGUAUCAAACGAUGAAGCAACUGUGCCGGAUACGGAAUGAGAAGAUAUCCAGCCUGAGUGCGGGACUCGCUGAGAAGGAGAAUGAAAAUACGAACGUACACCGUAGUAUACAGAACGAAUGUAUCCAACUCAGGCAACAGCUAAAGGAGGCAGAAAAUAGGUACGCCCAGAUCUACCACAAUACCUAUCAGAUGAAAGGGAAACAAUCGAUCAGCAAAUCAGACGUUGGUUUGCAAACGGAAGGUGAUACUGCUCGGCAGGAGGCGGAUAUGUAUCGGGACAAAUACGAGCGCUAUAAGGCACUGGCAAUCCGGCUAACGAACGAAAAAACAAACAAACUAAACGGCCAACGAACUGCAACGAGUGGCAUUUAG